AUGAGCAACAACAUCCUUACACCUAUCCAAACGGCCGGCAUGCCACUUUUCUAUCGCCGUUUGAUGGUCGCCGCCCUCAACAUCACUUCGAUAUUCUAUAUAUUAUGGACUACCUUUGCUAUGCUUCAACCAGGCGGCAUUACAAACCUCGAAGCCUUCAUCCUCUUCUGUACUUUUAUCUGUGCACCUCCUUAUAUCAUUCAUACCUGGAACCACGUUAUAGGACUAUGCAUCAGUACUUUUGGCGAGCCAGAAAAGUCUAUAUACCCCUAUUUCAAUGCUUCUGGUCCUCUCCCAGAAAUCACCUCGAAAACGGCGUUGGUUAUCUGUAUGCGUAAUGAAGACCCUAUCCCGGUCUUUCAAGGCCUCUUGGCUAUACAGGAAAGCCUACGCCGAAUCAGCUACCUUCAGCACUUCCGCUUCGUUAUACUCAGUGACACCAGUCGUCCGGAUAUAGCGGGAGUGGAAGACCAAGUCUUCGCUAGUAUCAAAGACAGCCUCGGCAUCGGCAUGUAUCGAGAGCCCCUUUACCGCCGCCGCAUGAAGAAUUCUGGCUAUAAAGCCGGCAAUAUUAUGGACUAUGUUGUCAACUAUGCCAAGGGCGAUGAUUUCAUGGUUACGCUCGACUCUGAUAGCGUGAUGGGUGGAGACCUUCUGUUCGGAAGACGUCAUGGCGUGCGUUUCCGUCAUCUUGGGACUAGCUGGUGGUUUGGCGACUGCGGGCUUUACUGGGGCCACAACGCCAUUAUCCGGAUAAAGGCCUUUCACGAGAACUGCAUGCUUCCUGUUCUCAAAGGGAAGCCUCCGCUGGGGGGCCACAUCCUUAGUCACGAUGUCAUCGAAGCUAUUUUCAUGCGCCGCGGUGGCUACGAAGUUCGUAUGCUCCCUCUUCACGUCGAAAGCUACGAGACUAGCCCGCCCACCUUCAUCGAUUACCUGCGCCGUGAACAUCGAUGGUGCCAGGGCAGCAUGCAGUACUGGUUCUUGCUGAAGGAGCCUGGCCUCGCGCCUGUCACCCUGUAUCAUGUGUACCACGUUCUUUCUUCAUAUAUCAGCCCGGCUUGCAGGCUCCUAUUAACCUUAGCUGGCAUCGCUAAAGGGGUAUCAGGCGGGUAUAAUGAUGCCGAGUUCAAAUACGACCCAACGCCGCAACUGCUCGUACUAUGUAUUGGCCUGAUACCUAAGGUCGUCGGUAUAUUCGACAAUGCUGGAAACUCUUUCGAACGCUAUGGUGGCCACUUCCGCUGGACUGUCUCUGUCGUGCUGGAACUCAUCAUAAUGACCUUUAUCGGGCAAGCUAUCGACGUAGCGAUCCUGUUCUUCUUCUUCAGCAUGCUGAGUGGCAAGUCUAUAAACUGGGAUGGCCAAAACCGGGGCCAGCUUGGCCUUAGCUGGCGUGAGACCUUUCGUGUCCUCUGGCCGCAAACACUACUCGGGCUUGGCAUCGCUGGCAUAUUCUCUGUCAACUAUUCUAUGCCACGGCUUUGGUUUCUACCCUUCGUUGCCGGUCUCUGCCUUGUGCUACCUCUUACUGUCCUGACCGCAUCGCCCCGUUUCAGCCAGUUUGUUAUACAACUGCAUCUGUUCAUGGCCCCGGAAGAAAGCGAUGUUCCACAGCUCUUGUCUCUACUAGUUGCGCCAGAAAUUGUUUCCGCUGGCAAGGCCGUAGCUUUGUCUAGGGAGCGUAUGAGACUAGCUCAGAAGGGGUACAUCGGCUCAACCCUAGAGUAA